CCUAUUGGUUCUUCAGCUGGAAAAAUCUAACAUGUUGGUAAAAUUAAGCCAAGCAAAGGAGGAUUCAGUAAAAGAAGAACGUACUGCUCUACAGAAUGUGAUACAUGGUCUGACACAAACUGUUGAAAACCAGUGUAACGUGAAAGAUGAAAAUGAGAGACUGAAGGAUAACAUUCGCAUCUUGGAAGAGAAAUUAAAGGCUCGUGAACAGGAGUAUAAACAUAAGAUUGAGACGCUUUUGACAGAAAUUCAAAACAAAGAGGAAGACCACAAAUUAGAAGUAACACAGUUGAAUUGCGACAUGAAAAAAAAACUUGAACUAAUAGAAGUGGAGUAUAGGGAACAAGUAGCGAAAAAAGAACUGGAAAUACUAGAGUUAACCAGACAACUGAAAACUCAAGAUGAAGAGAAGCAGAAUGAAAUAAUUAAACUGCAGAUAGAGUUCAAUGCUAAAUUAGCGAGAGUUCAGAAUAAAACAGCAAAAUCAUUUUCCGAUGCUUCUGUCUUGCCACAAAGUAUCUAUCGAAGGAAGCUGCAGCAUCUCCAGGAGGAAAAAAACAAGGAAAUUGAAAUUCUGCGUAACACCAUAAGAGACUUGGAGCUACGUCUUAAUAAAGGCCAGGACUUGCACUUCAAACGAAAGCGGUUCUGAGAAUAUGUACUUUUGAACUACUUUGUCAUACAGUGAGAACUAGAAAUAGUGUAUUUCAAACUGCACUUCAAAAGUAAAAGCAAAAUACAAGGAAAUACUGAAUCUAUUUUUUAUUGAAAAACUCUUGUCAAACAUUCCCUAAACAUACAUUCUGUUCAGUAGUACUUUCCUGCUAAUCAGCAUUCACCAUAAGAAGCUUCAGGUUUUGUAGGAGUAACAGUUUCCCUAUUAAGCCAUCAUCAACUAUGGUGUAUGCUUUCAAUGUGGUUUUCCUUUCUUGAAUAUUCUCUUCUUUAUCCAAGAAUCUUUCAAAUGACUUUAUUUUCACUUUAACUUGGUUAGUCAAAGAGUGCUAAGUUAAAAACAAUAGUUAUACAAGUUUCAGCAGAAUAUUGCAGUACUAAUCAAUACAGAUUAUCAAAUUCAGCACUGUUCUAAGCAAAGACAAACAUUACAUCAAGACUGAAUUUGGUCCCUACCCUCCCACUUUUUUAUAUAGAUACUGAUCUGCAUUACGAGCUGUUAACACUGCCUGUCAUUUUAGGCACAAUCCUAUUAAUUUAGUAGGAUCUUACAAGCUGCAGCAGUGUGUAGUACUGGACCCCGAUACAGUAAAUAGCAAUAAAAGAUAAACAUAUAAUCUGUUACUUUCAAAUAAUGCAAUUAUUGCUUACAUUUGAGAUAAGAAGUUAUUGUGGCGUGUUGCUUAGAAAUAACAUUUUAUUGUACGCAAUUUGUAUCCAUAGGUUAGAAAAAAAAAAA